GGGAAGAUUGAGAUGGACGGAAAGAUGGAGGAUAAGAUGAAUUCUUUGCUAGUGAGUUUAGUCUGGGUUGGGAGAUGGUUUUUGGUCGGGCGGUGGGGGAGUGGCAGCCCGCCUUUUUUUAAGGGGAAGCAAAUGAGUAUCGAGCCCUGGUACAGUUACUUGGUAGACCAGCGUAGAACGCUGAAUAUUUUGUACCGGUACUUGAAUGUUAUGACGAUUGCUAUGCCAGAGAAUAAAUUGCCGACAUGACUC